AAUCAGAUGGGUGGAUCCUAUGUGAAUGGCAAGGCGCUCCCCGAGUCUGUUCGCCGACAGAUUGUAGAAAUGUCGUUGAACAAUGUCCGUGCCUGCGACAUCGCUAAACAGCUUAAAGUUUCACAUGGAUGUGUUAGCAAACUGCUGAAGAAAUUUCGAAAUACUGGAUCUUACACAGCGGGCUCGACGGGCGGAUCCAAGCCAAAGGUAGCCGUUCCAGAGGUAGUGGAUAUAAUUAUGAAAUACAAGGAUGAAAAUCCGACCAUGUUUGCUUGGGAAAUAAGAGACAGACUGAUUAAAGAGAGAAGGUGUACAAAGUUCAACGUUCCAAGUAUCAGCUCCAUCAACAGAAUAUUGCGUAGCCAUUCAUUUGAUAAAUCACGAAGAUCUUCCCUGGGUUCCAGUUGCUCUCCAUCAUCUUCUGAAAGUUCCAUCAGCCCACCCAUUGUCUCCAAACGGUCUCCUGUUGGUUACAGUAUUAACGAUAUUUUAGGUCACCAGAACGCCUCAAAUAGUUUCGAAUUCUCCUCAACACCCAUAAUGCCUAAAUCAGGGAAAAGAAAGUUCAAUGAAAUUGAUGACGGUGACAUACUGGCAGUUGCAGCUAAGUCGGCUCGACUGAUUGAAGAGGAAGCACCCCCGAAAAGAACAACCGAGACAGAUGUUACCAACUGCUCUUUGCCAAUUGCUCCACCUCCCUCAACAGAUCUCUGCAAGGAUUUAGGAACUCUCCUUGACAUGCUUCCAUGGGUGCCUUCUCAAGUCUCUGCAUUAAAAAGUAAUCCCACAUAUCUGGACGACUCUUUCUCGUCCUUGAUGGGUCCCAGUAAAGUAGCCCUUGACAGAGAAUUCCACGAAAGUCAAGCAACGCCUGAUGAGAAAAACCAUCACGAAGACAAAGGUCAACGCUCAUGCGUGCCAGAAGUAGCGAAGCCAAACAUAGCAAGACGUGAGAUUCCCCAUGCUUCUCUGCCUACAUCCCAAUUUCACGAUAGUUUUUAUUCUCAUCACACGACCACAGGUCCAAAACCAGUACCAUCUCUCUUGUGUUCCACAGGAUCGAUGAUGUCAAAUACCGGUCCUGCUGCUUCGACCUCUUUCUAUGCUGUACCCCCAUGCUCCCAAACUCUCUCUGCAGGUUUAUCUAGCUACAGCUAUCCCAACUACGCAACUUCAGCUUAUGUAGCAAAUCAGAGAAAUCACUACCCAAACACCUCGUUCGUUUCGGAGCCCACUUCUGCUUUUUAUCCACCGAUUUCAACUUAUGCUGGAUACUCAACCACACCAUAUCCAUACUAUCAUCAUCAGUAA